GACCACACGACCACACGCAGCCUUCUCUCGAGACAAACGGGUUAGCCUUCGCGUUCAAGCCAGUGCAAUGGUGGUAGCCAGCGAGGAGCCGUUCCCGGCGGUGCACAAGUGCGACGCGUCGCGCCGCGGCGACCACACGGUGGUGUCGGACCUGGACGGCACGCUGCUCCGGUCGCGGAGCGCCUUCCCGUACUACGCGCUCGUCGCCUUCGAGACCGGCGGCGUGCCGCGCCUCGCGCUCCUCCUGCUCCUGGCGCCGCUCGCCGGGUUGCUGUACCACGCGGUGUCGGAGGCGGCCGGGGUGCGGGUGCUGGUGUUCGCGGCCACCGCUGGCGCGCGCGUGGCGGACAUCGAGUCCGCGGCGCGCGCCGUGCUGCCCAGGUUCUACGCGGACGACGUGCACCCGGACGCGUGGCGCGUGUUCGCGGCGUGCGGGCGGAGGUGGGUGGUGACCGCCACGCCCAGGGUGAUGGCGGAGCCGUUCCUGCGCGACCACCUCGGCGCCGACGCCGUCGCCGGCACGGAGCUCGCGACGUGGCGCGGGCGCGCCACGGGGCUGGUGGACUCGCGCCGGGGCGUGCUCGUCGGCGAGAGGAAGGCGGAGGCGCUGAGGGAGAUGGUCCGCGACGGCGACGCGCCGGAGGUCGGGCUGGGCGACCGGAGGUCCGACUACGCCUUCAUGAGCGUUUGCAAGGAGGCGUACCUCGUGCCGCGGGAGCCGGUGGACGCCGUGGGCGUGGACAAGCUGCGGAAGCCGGUGAUCUUCCACGACGGCCGCCUCGUCCAGCGGCCGACCCCUCUCGCCGCGCUGCUCGCCGUGGUGUGGUACCCCAUCGGCUUCCUGCUCGCGUGCGUCCGGGUCGCCGCGGGGUCGCUCGUCCCGAUGCCGUGGCAGUACCACGUGUACCGGGCUCUGGGCGUGCGCGUCGUGGUGCGGGGCGCUCCCCCGCCGCGCCCGAAGCAUGCCGAGGGCCGCACGGGCGCGCUCUUUGCCUGCUCCCACCGCACGCUCCUGGACCCGGUCUUCAUCUCCGUGGCGCUCGGCCGCCCCGUGUCCGUCGUCACCUACUCGCUCUCCCGCCUCUCCGAGUUCCUCUCGCCGAUUCGCACCGUCCGCCUCACCCGCGACCGCGCCACCGACGCCGCCGCCAUCAGGCGCCUGCUCGCCGGGGGCGACCUGGCCGUCUGCCCCGAGGGGACCACGUGCCGGGAGCCCUUCCUGCUGCGCUUCUCGUCGCUCUUCGCGGAGCUCAGCGACGACAUCGUGCCCGUGGCGACCGAGUGCCGGAUGAGCAUGUUCCACGGCACCACGGCCAGGGGCUGGAAGGGGAUGGACCCCUUCUACCUCUUCAUGAACCCGCGGCUGGAGUACACGGUGACGUUCCUCGACAGGCUGCCGGCGGAGCACACCUGCGGCGGCGGUGGGAGGUCGAGCCACGAGGUGGCCAACCACGUGCAGAGGAUCAUCGCCUCGGCGCUCUCCUUCGAGUGCACCGGCUUCACCAGGAAGGACAAGUACCUGGCGCUCGCCGGCAACGACGGCAUCGUCCGGCCGCGCAAGGGCACGUGAACGUGAUUGCCUUGCCCGGACAAUGAUUUGUUGAUCGAUCGGCCGUAUAUUUGUACAUAACAAAUCAUUGAUAAACAGAUAAAUAUUUUUAUUUCGAUUAGCCAGUCAGUGGCCUGCCA